CUAUGUAUGCAUCUAUUCCCCUUACAAUUUAACAAGGGCAUCCCUCCGCAGCAUUAUGUACCAACCAACCAGUAACGUCGGAAUUAACAAACUGAACGCCCCACUACGAAAUACAGACAUAAAAGCACUUCAGUGACUUCACCGAUCAGUUUCCGCUUCCGAAGCUACAUUUUUGGUAGGCGCGGAGGUUGCGGACUUGCCGUCACUUGCGGCCGAUUUCUGUGGUACCUUUAAUUGAUUUGUACGUUUUUCGAUACGGAAUACAGUCAGAUUUUCUCCCUUUUUGAGUACGUAGGCAUUAUGCUUUUGGACGUAUAGGAUUAUUGCGUAUUUAUGGACCCGGAUGUAGCCAAUUUUUCUGCCAGUUUCCUGAUGCAUUUGCACUGUUUCGCACAAUUUAUUUUUCGAUACGGGUGCUUGCCAUGUUUGUCCAGUAAUAUUUAAGAUUGUUGAAGUCCAAGAAGACGAGCAAAUUCUUCACUACGACAUCGUUUCCUUGUACCCAUUCGUCAACAAGAAAGCUAAAUACAUAAGUGCCAACUUAUACUGAGCCACAAUUCAGUGGGGUUCGUCAUCGUGCAUUUUUAUACGAAUUCCUUUGAAAAUUAAUUGUGGAAGCUUAGCAAAAUGGAAUCUGCAGGAGGUAACAGCGCGGCGCUCUCUGAUCCGCUGAUGGAACCGUGCCAACCAGACAGCGAAAUCCUGCUGGCUCUUGUUUACCAGCACGCCUUAACAAAUUUGGCGGGACAGGGUAAAUUCAGUCCGGAGAUGAUGGAGAAACUGCAGACGGUGCAGACGCGUAAAAACUUGAUGCUGGCAGUGGAUCCGCACGAUAUUAACAUCGCCGAUGUCAAAGGAUUUGUUCUGAAUGAGUUUAAAAUGACGAACCACUUGGUCGAGAUGGUGGUGAUUUUGGGGAAAAACGUCGUUCCGGACUCUGACUUCAUAUCCGAGCUGAUCGCUCGUGGCGAUUUAGAAAAGGUAGGCACCACGUACAACCUCGAGUACAUCUUUCUGCCAGCCCAAGUGGCCUCGCCCACCGUCGUCGACCAGCAGAACUUUCUCGACGGCCUGCUCAAGCAAUCAGAUCCCGAGGGCGGCCACCCGCUGCACCCCAUCAGUCCGGCGCCGUCCUCGGCCAAUUCCACCCUGUCGGCCAGUCCCAGCACGUCCCGCCGGGACCGCACCCCGGACCCGGAGAUGCUCCUGCCGCUCGCCCGCACCGUCACCGUGGAUCUGCAGAGUCCGGAGCGCAGUGGCAGUGCGGCCAGCACCUCGGACGGGAGUCUGGUGGGCAGUGAGGCGGCGGCCCCGCGGGCGGCCUCACGUAAACGACAGCGUGCAGUGAAAAGUGCCGCCAGUGCGGAGACUCCGCUGGUCUCCAUUAUCAAGCCACCGGCGGGGGUGCCGGCGGAACCACCGGAGCCCAAGCGGAUGCAGGUGUGGAUGCCCAAUAAUAAUGUGGCGGCCGCGGCGCGCAGUGUCUCCGGAGGCAGUGUCACGGAGCUUCGCGGGACGGUGGCUCCGGCGCAGGUGUUCGAUAGCGGAUUCGGACCGGUGGUUAACGCUUCCAUUAUGAACAUCCCGGUGCCCACCGGUCUGCCGGCCUUGAAGCCGAAACGCGUCAGUCCGCGGCGUGUACAGUCCGUCCCGGCGCAGCAGAUGGCCACGGCCCCGGAUCCCGGUCGGCGUUGGACCAUCACAUCGCGCCAGCUGGCCCUCAUGUCGCAGCUGGUGCAGGGCCACCGCAAAGUCACCAUCACCUUCGAGGACGAGCACGGCAACUCGCAGACCGUGUGCGUGGAGAAUCGUGCCUGAAUCACUCAUCACUGUUUGCUCAGUUUUUCGGACUCAUCGGAUCUUUCUCUCGCCUGUGAUCCCGGCAUGAUCACGUCCUUGGAAUAUGGUUUUUUUUCGCGAUUAUCAUGGAUUGGCAUGCGGUGUUUCUCGCGAUUAUGGAAUGGGCUUUUCAUUUAGUUUUAUAGUUGAAAUUGUUUUUAUACGGCGAUCGUUGGACAGGACUUUGAAAUAGUGUAUCGCUCAUAUUAUCUGAUCUCUACCGGAAUGAUAGAUGCAUUUUAUACUAAUUAUAAGUUUUAUCCUUUUCCUAAAGCGUUUCGGAAGAUGCUGCUUGGGGAAUGGAUUUUGCAGCAGAAACUGGGAGUUUUAGCGCUUUAAGUUGUUGUUUCCGUAUUUUUGGAGGACGCUUUUUUUAUUUAUCGCAUAUGCGACCGAUUACACUUUUCAGGAAUGGUGGUGAUAUAUUGCAUAAGCAACAAUAAAAGU